AUGUCUGUCUAUUUGAAUAGCCAUUUCGAAUUGGCUUCGAGGCUGUUUGAGGAUACUGAGGCGUACAAGCCGGGUCAGAAAGUCAUUAUAACAGGACAGGAUUUGGAGGUCUCAACUGUAGUGGCUGUCUCGAGAGGGCGAUGCCAGCCACAGCUCACCAAGGACGAAACAACUUCACGGCGCAUCCGCGCAAGCGUGUCUCGGCUUGCCGAGUAUCUUGGUAGUGGAAACACUGUGUACGGGGUAACGACUGGCUUCGGUGGAAGCGCCGACUCACGCACAACAGAAACGGGCAAGUUACAGUUGGCUCUGCUGCAACUGACUCAAAAUGGUGUCCUUCGCGAGUCAGAUAAGACGGCUGAUAAUGCAAACGGGAACUUUGAGCACCAUACGGAAAUAAGCUGUUAUCCAACCGCUUGGGUGCGUGCUUCCAUGUUUGUCAGAUGCAACGCAACUGCCCGUGGCCAUUCUGCCGUCACGUUGGAAGUGCUGCAGGCCAUUCUCCGUCUCCUACGACAUGAUGUAGUUCCAAUCAUCCCCCUGAGGGGAACAGUCUCGGCAUCUGGCGACCUGAUGCCACUCUCAUACAUCGCCGGCGCAAUCGAAGGCAAUCCCGAUGUUGUUGUUCGCACAACGCUUGGCACAAAGUCUAUCAUUCAAAGUGCCAGCGAGGCGCUUGAGCGUGAGAAUAUCCAGAAAAUCAUCUUUGGUCCAAAAGAGGCCGUGGGUCUUGUCAACGGCACGGCUCCCUCGGCGGCGGUGGCAGCGCUGGUCAUGUACGAGGCACAUCAUUUGGCCACGCUGACGCAAGCCAUCACGGCUAUGACAGUCGACGCCAUGACGGCGAAUGCGGAGAGCUUUCACCCUUUCAUCGCGCUUGUCCGGCCACAUGCUGGCCAAAUAGAGGCCAGCAAAAACAUCCUUGCGUUCCUGCAGGACUCAUCUUUUGCCAAGGGAAUCAAAACCGUAAAAGAGUCUAACCCAAGCGGCCUUGCGCAAGACCGUUACGCUCUUCGCAGCUCCCCUCAAUGGAUCGGGCCGCAGCUAGAGGAUCUUCUUUCUGCGCAUAAGCAGAUCACAACCGAGUUGAACUCUUCGGCCGACAACCCUCUGGUAGAUGGCGAUUCGGGGGAUGUGUACUAUGGUGCGAAUUUCCAGGCCGCAGCAGUAACUUCUGCCAUGGAGAAGACCAGAAUAGCACUGCAGAUGCUGGGUCGAUUACUUUUCGCGCAGUCUACUGAGUUAAUCGACCCGAACCUUAAUGGCUUGCCCGCGAACCUGGCCGCGGACGACCCAAGCACCUCAUUCACCAUGAAAGGGGUUGAUAUAAGCAUGGCUGCAUACGCCUCGGAGCUGUGUUAUCUUGCGAACCCUGUGAGCUCGCAUGUGCACACGGCAGAGAUGCACAACCAGUCUAUCAACUCAUUGGCCUUUUUGUCCGCCCGUAUGACCAAGAAAGCAGCAGAAUUGCUUUCCCUAAUGGCUGCAACAUGUUUGUACAUUGUUUGUCAGGCCAUGGAUCUACGGGCUUUCCAAUCUGAGUUUCUCUCCGAGCUCCAGGUUGCAAUUGACACUUUAAGCAAGGAGGUGCUUGCAGAACAUAUAGAGCAACCAGAUCUGCUCGAGCUUAAUCUUGCCUUGAGGCGAUGCAUAGAAUCAUCGUGGAAGGAUGCAUCGCGAUUGGACGUUCCGGACCGUGCUAAAGCUGUCGGCGACGCAACAACGCUGGAACUUAUAAAAGCCAUCACUCUAAACCAAUCAUCGUCUUCAAAAUUUGCAUCACUCUGCAUCAUUGAAUCGUGGCGACAUGAGGUUGAAAACAUAACAAUGCGCGUGUAUGGCAUCGUCAAACGGAAAUUCUUUGCGUGCCCUACCACUGAGAAAUACAUUGGAAUUGGUCCCCGAGCACUCUACAUGAAAAUUAGGCAUGACCUUGGCGUGCCGUUCCAUCAGGGACUAGUCGAACACCCCGUCUCCCAGGGGAAGGACGAAAGGAUCCAGGGCAAAACCGCAAGACCUCGAAAAACAAUAGGCUCGUGGGUAUCGAUUAUUUAUGAAGCCUUGUUAGAAGGCAAGAUCUAUGAUGCAAUAUACCGUUGCUUGCCCCGCGAAGCGGAAAACGCCGCCAGCAAUGUAAGCAUCACUAAUGCGGACCACACGACUGAUUGCUGUCGAAAUACUGAAAAAAUGCGAGCAGGGCGGAGUAUCAGCUAG